AUGGGCGAGCAGGAGAAGGAGAUCCUGCGCUUCCUCGGCAUCGACACACAUGGCGGCUUCGACGGAGUCAAGGCCGCCAAGGAGGUGGCCCGCCGUGUGGCGGACGCCCCGUUUCACCAGUGCGUCAGGGCCAGGGACUUCGAGGCACGUUUCACCAGCAAGGACCUAGCACAGGCGGUGAAGGCACGAGGUGCCCACUGCAUCUAUGUCAAGGCCACCACUAAGGCGGAUGAGCGGUUUUGCGCAGCGUCGCCGUCAGUGCACGCUCUGCUCAAGCAGAUGGCCCCGCCCAAACGCUGGGGAACCAAGAAGCCCAGACUGGGGGAUAGAAAGUUGAAGCAGUAG